UACUAAAUGUACCGGUACACAUGUAACUUCACCUUUAUGUCCAACUUGCAUAAAUGUCGAGCAAGAAACGAUAAACUCCUACCUCCUGUCUGUUAUAUUGUGCCCUGGCAUGCGUUUGUGGGCUGUCUACUGCUACUACAUAAACCGAUUGUCUACACGGCACCGGAGAGUUUCUGGGCCUACAAGCAAGCUUAAACAUACCUGAUUCAAAUCAAACAGGCCCGGGACUCUUAGAUGCACCAUGUUUCGAGAACUUCUCUCACAUUCCCACUGUUUGCAGUGGACCUCGCACGGCGGACUUCGCGUCGCAUUCAUGGGACCUCUUCGAAUGCGAUAGAAAAACAUGUCAAGACUCAGAGGCUGACGAAUGUUACUGCUGAGGCGAAGUACUCCAAGUCAGGCCGUCCGGAACUCGUUGCCAGUAAGCCUGAGAGAGGAGGUACUCCCUCAGCUGGUCGCCAUCAUGAAUCUUCGAAACCGAGCACACUCGCUGUACACAUGCUACUACAGCGACAGUCAGAUAUGGACAAGACUUUUCGAACUUCUCGAAUAAUCGCAUCGUGCGCGCGUAAACGUGAAGAGGUCAUCGGACGCAUUUCUUCCGUGUUAAGGAAACGAUUUGGGUCGGACUAUGAAGUAGUACCAUUUGGAAGUACCGUUUAUAUGCGUGGGUUUGACGUGGUCCAUCGAUCGUUCCAAAAGCACGGUACCGGAGGUUCGCAGAACCUGCCGAAAGGAGAUCUGGAUUUAGUGGUACUCGAUAAGAACCGACCAUUGGGCUUUUCACCUGACGUAAACGCGAAGAAAUUGCCAGUCAUCUACAAUAUGUGGAAGCUCGCGGCUGCCCUCUCCAGGGCGGGUUUCACGAAUGUGCAACCUGUCCCGUUUGCAAGUGUACCAAUUGUGAAGUUUCAUGACCCUCAGACACGACUAUCGCUUGAUAUCAACGUCAACAACCGCUUGGGCCUCAUGAACAGUAACUUCCUUGGCAGUUACUGUGAUGUUCUUCCGGGUUUGCGCACGUUGCUGGUAGCUAUCAAGUUGUGGGCGCGACCACUCGGCCUGAAUACCCCAUCAGGAGGGUCCAUGGUGACCUUCAGUACGUAUGCCCUAACGCUGAUGACGUUGGGGUGGCUGCAGUCAAGGGGACUCGCACCAAACUUACAGGAUGGCGUGGAGACUGAGACUAGCUCGGAAGUAGGAACUUUUUGGAUUUUCCGCUCAAUGCAAGCUAAGGGGAGCCGUAUACCAUGCGAUGUGAGAUUCCGGGAAGUGACGUCUAUGGACCGUUAUCCGCCACUUCCGCUGAAUGAUACCCUUUCAAAUUGGUUCCGUUUCUGGGGAUAUACAUUUGAUUUUGAGCAGCAAGCCCUUGAUAUCAAGGAAGGACCGAUUCGCAGCCGCCACGACUUGGUACUUCUGGAUCCAAAGUUAUCGGAACAUCAAGCGUGUGUCAUAGAUCCAUUUUUCCGACUCAAGAACGUAACCAACAGUGUUGGUUCCGCUGCACUCAAGAAAUUUCGCAGCGAAUGUCAGCGUGCAUCGGAUGAGAUACGAAUAAAGAAUUUGAGUAUGGAGCAGAUAAUUGAUGACUACGAGUUACUGGAUCGCCUUCAGGAGCCGAAUGUGGAUUUACAUAGACCGAGGCGGAGCUGAAGUUGUCGAUAUCGGGUCUGGCAAUCCUUCCUCCUGUAUAUAUACGUCAACUAUAGGCAUCUUUGUUUUCAUGGUUAGUGAUUUGCGGAACUGAAGGUGG